AUUAGGAAAUAUAAUCAAUUUCGGAAAAUUAAGAUAUAAUUAAUCAUCUUUCUAAACAAAAAAAAUACUUCUUCUACACCUAUUUAUUUUACAAAUUAUAUCUUAAUCAAUUAUUUUCUUAUAAAUCUGGUAACUAAUUUUAUUUUGACGGAUUAUCAUUAUUGACUUUGUUGUUUAUAGUGGAACUUUUUACAUAGAAUUUGGCACAAAUCAAACCCAAAACCUGGAAUUUGAUUUAAUGUUUAUGUAAGCUUCAAAUUUCAAACUUUUGAAAAAGAAAGCAAGAUGUUUGGUUUGCCAAAUAUACUGCAUGAAUCAACUUUUGAUGGAAGCACAGUGAUUUCUAUUACUGUGUUCGUGAGUUUAAUUUGUUUGUGUAUUAUUGUUGGUCAUUUGCUUGAGGAGAAUCGAUGGGCUAAUGAAUCCAUUACCUCUCUUCUAUUGGGUUUGGUGUCUGGAGGUAUUGUACUGUUGAUACGUAAAGGCCAGAAUUCACGCAUACUUGAGUUUAAUGAAGAGUUGUUCUUCAUUUACCUGCUACCACCAAUCAUAUUCAAUGCUGGGUUUCAAGUUAAGAAAAAGCAGUUCUUCAAGAACUUCGCAACUAUAUUGUCUUUUGGAGUGUUGGGAACAAUAAUAUCAUUCUGCCUCAUUUCUGCAGGUGUAUUAUUUCUGUUGAGGAAGAUUGGUUUGACGCAACUUAGUAUUAAUGACUUUCUAGCCCUUGGUGCCAUCUUUUCCGCCACAGAUUCUGUUUGUACCUUGCAGGUACUAAAUCAGGACGAAACACCGCUUCUUUAUAGUGUUGUAUUUGGAGAAGGAGUAGUGAAUGAUGCGACCUCAAUUGUGCUUUUCAAUGCAGUCCAAUCACUUGAUCUAAGCAAACUCAGUUCCAUGACUGCCCUUGCAUUGUUGGGAACCUUCUUCUACCUCUUCCUUACCAGCACACUUCUUGGUGUUAUAGUUGGUCUGCUGAGUGCUUUAAUCAUAAAGAAGCUUUAUAUCGGAAGACAUUCUACAGAUCGUGAAAUUGCACUAAUGAUGCUUAUGGCUUAUUUGUCUUACAUGAUAGCUGAGCUUAUGAGUCUUAGCGGUAUUUUGACAGUAUUCUUUUGCGGAAUUGUCAUGUCACAUUACACAUGGCACAAUGUAUCAGAAAGCUCAAGGAUAACAUCCAAGCAUGCUUUUGCAACAAUAUCAUUUAUAUCGGAAACAUUUAUCUUUCUGUAUGUUGGUAUGGACACACUAGACAUUGACAAAUGGAAGCAGAGCAGCACAAGUGCAGGAACUUACAUUGCUGUUAGUUCCUCAAUGUUGGCUUUAGUUAUGAUUGGACGAGCAGCAUUUGUCUUCCUUCUGUCUAAUAUUUUGAAUUACAAUCGGAAGAACAGUGAUAUAAAAAUUGGUUUUUCUCGACAGUUCAUAAUAUGGUGGGCAGGACUAAUGAGAGGUGCAGUUACUGUGGCUUUGUCCUACAACGCGUUUUCAUCAGGUUCUGGAGUACCUGUGUCAAGUGAAAGAGCACUUAUGAUCAGUUGUACACUCAUUGUUGUUCUGUUUAGUACUCUGUUGUUUGGUACUAUAACGAAGCCUUUGAUCAAAGCAGUUUUGGGAGGUCCAGGACAUGCAGUGUCUGACGCAACUGAUAUUCCGAGCCUUGAAUAUUUAGAAAUCCCUUUCCUUGAAAUUCCAGACCCGGAUCAGAAAGGGGAUGACGAUCCUCAACGCCAACGAAGGGGUUUCAGUUUGCUGAUGAAAUAUCCUACUGGUGCUGCACACCACUUAUGGAGGAAAUUCGAUGAUAAAUUUAUGAGACCUGUUUUUGGUGGGCGAGGCUUCGUGACUUACGAACCAGCUUCACCAACUGGUGUUGCAGAUCCAAAUCCAAAUCCCGAGCAUUAGUUUUAAUUUCAAGUUUUUAACUUCUUAUUCUUUCUCACAGUUCCGAGCAGAAUGAUUUAAAGCUCAUCAUUUUUGUUAGUAUAUUGAGGUAAAUUGAAACUAACCUCAACUGUCAUGAACAAUUUCUAUGGGAGUCCUAGAUUGAAACAGGUGACAGGAACGACUCGGGAAUCCUUGUAUAUUAAUACAUUGUACCUACAAUGAUGUUAUCUGAACAAGUUGAUACAUUAAUCGUUUGCAACCUAACCCUCGAAAUAACAUUCGAUCUAACUGUGUAUUCUUUUUUUCGCGGACCAUAUUGGUGCCUUUUCUACGUUCAAAUGCUUACCGCUAAUUCCUUUGUUUCAGUAGAUACUUGUUCGCGAUAUUGUGGGUUAUUUGAGUAGUCUCUGUUUCACCCAGGAGCAUAUUGGUGUCUCUUGGACCGAUUUACUUCCUUUAGCUGCGGGUUCGAGUUCCGUGAGUCCCGACGGAUCCAAUAAUAAAAUAAAAAAAAUAUAUCCACUCAUCUUUCCAAUUUUUUGGAAAAGGACAACAAUAGAACUUGACGUUCAAUAGGAAUUCAUUUGAUGAUUCUUAGUUAUUUUUUCCUUUUGGAUCUUUUGAUUUUGCUACAUUACACUAAUCAAAAUGAGAGUUUUUGUGUGUUGUGUAGCAAAAUCAAAGGGACGGUCAUUUUGUAUGUACACUACUUGCAAGGCAAAAUUUGCUGCUGCCACACAAUUUUGCAAGUUAAAUGUGUCAUUUGUUUUGCAACUAGAUUUCUAGCUUGAUAGUCUGUUUCUAAGAGAUUGCCAC